ACUGCAGCUCUAAUAAUGCUCUCUUUUCCUCUCUUCCAACUUGAUGCAGAAGAGUAUGUUGAAGAAGAAGAGGAAGAAUGGAUAGAGGUGGAAGACGAACAAGAUGAACAAGGAGAGGAAGUCAAGGAAGAUGCAGUGGAAGCCAUGGCAGAAGAACAAGAAGAGCAAGCUAAAGAACCAGAAGAAGGAGAAUCAAAACCCAAGCCCAAGCUCUUUAUGCCAAAUUUGGUGCCUCCAAAGAUCCCUGAUGGAGAGAGAGUGGAUUUUGAUGACAUUCACCGCAAGCGAAUGGAGAAGGAUCUGAAUGAGUUGCAAGCCCUGAUUGAGGCCCAUUUUGAGAACAGGAAAAAAGAGGAGGAAGAGCUGAUAUCCCUCAAGGACAGAAUAGAGCAGAGGCGGGCAGAACGAGCUGAGCAGCAACGGAUCCGUAGUGAGCGAGAGAAGGAGCGCCAAGCCCGCUUGGCUGAAGAGAGAGCUCGGAAAGAGGAAGAGGAAGCUAGGAAGAGGGCUGAAGAGGAUGCCAGGAAGAAGAAGGCUUUCUCCAACAUGCUCCAUUUUGGAGGCUACCUUCAGAAGACAGAGAAGAAAAGUGGGAAAAAACAAACAGAGCGGGAAAAGAAGAAAAAGAUCCUCAGUGAGCGUCGGAAACCUCUCACAAUCGAUCACUUGAAUGAAGACAAACUGAGGGAAAAAGCAAAGGAACUGUGGCAGAACAUCCAUGACCUGGAAGCUGAGAAAUUUGACUUGCAGGAAAAGUUCAAGAAGCAGAAAUAUGAGAUUUCCAUACUCACUGCACGCUGCGAUGAGUUAAGCAAGUACUCAAAGGCCGCCCGUGGAAAGCCUGUGGUUGGUGGCCGAUGGAAGUGAGAGGUGGUUCAUGCCUAGCCUGCGGGGAAGGCAAAGCAGUGUCUUUCUGUGUUGACCAGCCCUUGAUCCAGCAUCCCAACCUACGUGGCCGAAAGGAAUUC